CUGCUUUUCAAUGCCAAACUACUCCGUAAUCGUGUCUGGAGUCUUCCCGUCUGAGAGACUAAAGAUGCGCCAUUCCCCGAAAUCGACCCUCCAUUCAAGCCGAACGCCCGAAGGUUUGUCGUAAUCCAGUGUGGCGCGCCCAGCGUUUGCGUGCGUAAUGCCCAGAAAGCGGUCAUGAAUCAGACCGUUAAGUUCGCCCCAAUGCCCAAGGUUUUUGAUCACGCGCUGCCCAGCUUUCCCUUGUAAUUAAUUCCCCUCACUGCCUCUCUACGGAGUAAUAUAUUCCAAUCACUACCGCCUCCGUUUUUGCGUCCUAUUCAUUCAUUUCGACGGAGUUUCUCUCGUUCUUCUGGCGAUUCGCAGUAACAUUUAGAAAGGAUAAACCAUGGCCGCCAAGAAUACCAACCGAGGGGACCAACCUCCAGCUUACGGAGAGCCCCAAGCACCUAAACCCACAUACGGAGGAUACGGGGGUUAUGAAGGAUACCAACAGGGCCAGUCAAGCAACUAUCAAGAGGGCAUCCAGGGCCCGUCAGGUCAACAGGCAUAUUAUCAACCAGGACCACAAAUGGGGUAUUAUAACCAGCAACAGCAUGGCCCUUUUCCCGGCCAAGGGCAAUACCCGCCUGGACAGGGCCAAUAUUCUGGCUAUAAUCAAUAUCCACAAGGCCAAUAUAUGUACCCCCAGGGUCAAUACCCUCAGGGCCAGUACCCUCAACAAUAUCCCCCUCAAGGCUAUUAUGGAGAUAGGCGUCCAGGUGGAACGACAAGCGGCCUUCUUGGUGGUCUAGCUCUUGGUACAGCUUGUUGUUGCUGUCUAGACUGUUUGUUAUGUUAAUGGGCGGGAAAGCGAACGACGAAUGAUCAUCCUAUCCAGAUAUCAGCUUUGCAGCAAUCACCGGGACCAAUAAUACUUUCGAGCCUUCUCGCAAGAUGCGGAUCAUAGACGAAAAACAUUCACAGAAAGAACAAACGAGGACAGGGUUUGGGUUCGGGUUCGGAGUUAGGGGGGAAUUCUCGUAUGAUGUCUGGGAACAACCGAUGGCAGCUGGUUAUAGUUAUUUUAAUGGCGUUUUGGCGUACGGAGAUCCUCAUACAUUCAGCUUACUGAUAUCCUUUGUUCAACUAUCAGUAUUCUUAGUUAGGGCGAGCGGCGUCUCCAAGAUGUGCGAAAUACUAAUUAUUAUCUCCCAAUAUUAUGUCUUGCUGUUAUCUAUUGAUACCCCUGAGGAUACUUGGCGACAAGCAUCUUGAUAUCG